AUGGAAAUAAGAGAUUCUCCUGAUGAUCACCUUUCAGACUACUUUUUACCAUCCCCAAUUUCAAGUCCUCUAAUCUCAGUCUUCCUCCCCAGCAUUGAAUUCAUGAACCUCCCUUGCAAAAGGCCUAAGCCAUCUGAGACUCAUGGCUAUGACCCGUCAAGAUUUGAGUCACAAGUCCCUGAAGACUUCUUGUGUGGCUUCUGCGAAAAAGUUGUAAGGGAGCCUUCAGAAUGCAUCAACUGCGGCACUCUUUUUUGUAAUUUUUGCGUAAAAGAGAAAAGAGGAGCUUUUCCUUGUUCAGAUAUCUCAAAUGAUUCGGUACAGUGUCCGAAGUGCAGCAAUAAAAUUGACUUUCGGAAGCUCAGCAGGGUGCUUUGUACAAUGAUAAAUGAGAUGAAAAUUUACUGCAAAAAUUCAAAAAGAGGGUGUGACGUGAUUUCUACACUUGGGGACAUAAAAAAUCAUGAGGAGACCUGUAAGUUUAAAAACGUAAAAUGCGGAAACCAUAAAUACUGCAAUAAUAAAGGGAAGGCAAGCGAUUUUAUAUUGAUUGAGGUGAAGCCUGUUUCGUAUUAUUCAAAUGUGAGAAGAGCUCCUUGGCAGACUAAAAUGUAUGCGUGCUGCGAAAUGUGCAAAAAAAUGAUUAAGUUCGAAAAGACUGUGAUGAACAAACAGUAUGAUAAAGCGCUUGCUAGCUAUUUUAAGACACUUAAAAAAAUUGAGAAGAAGAACGGUGAAAUAGCUGAAGAAUAA